AUGGCCACGUUGAUGCCUAAAGCGCCACGAAUGCUACACAGCGCGCAACAACGGUUCGUCAACAAUUGGGUUUCUCUUCCGAGAAAUUUUGCAAUGGCUACUUACUGGGCUGGCACGGAGAGGACUUACAAAGAAUCUUUCAAUUGCGCGGCAACCAAGCGCUACGCCGAUGGCCUAAUUCCUCACAUUCUUCAUCUGUAUGGAUCGCGCGCAACGUCUCGCGACUUUGACAUCUAUGCCGCUAAUGCUUCCUUCGAGGAUCCGGUUAUGUGUGCUCGCGGGGUGAAACAGAUCAAAUCAGCAUUCUAUUCUCUUCGCAAGGUAUUUAAGGAGUCAAAGAUUGUGGAAUACAGUAUCAAAGAAUAUAUGGUUUCACCAGGAAAUGGAGAGGUUAGUAAAUCUUGUGCCACUCAUUUUGUAAUAUUAAUUGACACUAAGCAAUACUACAAAUUCUUGGGGAAGAAUAUAAACAUGGUAUCGCUAAUCAAGUUGUAUAUCGAAGAGGGGAAAGUCGUUCGCCAUGAGGACUGUAUACGCAUCAUAGCCACUGAAGAUAACAUAAGAAGUGAAUGUUGA